UAUUUGAACGGUGAAAAGCGGGCUAGCAAACAUUCGAGAGGGAAACAAAGAGGGACCAACAUCCUACUACGGUUGGACGCGAAAAACUGGAUUCAUUUACUUUUUCAUAUCAGGAUACUUUGGCAGUUAUAUCAGGUCUUCGCAAUGUCUCACAAACAGAUAUACUACUCUGAUAAAUAUGACGACGACAAAUACGAGUACAGGCAUGUCAUGCUACCCAAAGACAUUGCAAAGCGUGUACCCAAGACACAUUUGAUGUCUGAGACAGAGUGGAGGAAUCUGGGGGUCCAGCAGAGCCAAGGAUGGGUGCAUUACAUGAUCCACCAGCCAGAGCCGCACAUCUUGCUGUUCCGGCGCCCUCUUCCCAGCCAGAAGUCAUAAGGCAGAGAACCUCUGGGUCCUUGGAAGAUCAGUCCUACCUAUGUGCCACAGAUCAACUCAUCAAACUAGGAAUCAUGCCGUCAGGUUACCAAACUCUUGUGUGGUAGGUGACUUGUGAUUUGGACUGAUCAUGUUGGACCUGGAGAAGGACUAUCACAUCUAUGAACAGUGGUUGUAGAAUGGAGUAUGCGUUGAAGGAAAAAAAAUCAUCACCCUUCUCUUAGGGAAAAGACUUCCUCAUGUGCUAACAGCGACACGCCGUCUGCCGGAAAACCUUCAAAUGAGCUUACACUGUCUUUUUUGACUGAUCUGUCCAACUUGCUGAACCUGCUUGGAUAUUCCAGCUUUUUAGAACAAUUGUUAUAAGAUAUGGAGAGUGAAACUUGUCAAAACAUUUUGAGUCAUUCUAACAGUGUGUUCUGGGUCAAACUCUGGUCAGAUCACACGCCAGACAGAACAGUUGAAUCGUAAAAUUAAGUUUGACUCUGAAACAUCAAAGUGCGGUUUUAAGUGACAUGUUGCUGCUUGGUUUAAAUGACACUGUAAAUUGGCAUUUAACACUUUUUGUCAUGUGCAUGAAAAGCCACAUCUGUUAGAGUCACUUCAGAAAAUAGAUUUGAUCCCUUUCCUCACACAAGAGCAUAUUUCUAUUAGUGUUGGCCUGCUUUAGAACAAAUCUUUUUGAUGGCUCUGGUUGCACCAGUGAGCUGCUCAGUAUUUAUAAAUGUGUUGCCCUUUCUGAAAUAAAUGUAAACUUUUAAAUCUAGUGUGGACUCUGGCAGUGUUUUGGCAGCAUUUGCUACUUUAGGAUUACAUGGAGCCACAUGAAAAUUGAAAAAAUAAAUAAAUAAAUAAAAAUGAGUUGGGUGAUGGCAGACAGACACUACCCUAAAAAUGCUCUUACUUGAUAAAUCCGGAUCAUUGAAUGAGAUAUUGAAAAGCCAACUGCGUUUGUUUUGGAUUGUGGUAUCAAAUACUGUUGCGUUAAGGCACUUGUUUUGUCAUACUUGCACCAACUCUGACCUGUUUGUUUACCCUCUGUCCUUUUUUCAUCACCACAUACUGAGCUGCUCUGCUGUCACUGACGCCAAAUCUCUGCCUUGAAUAACUGUCCUGUGUGAACUUGUGCCUUUCUGUAUGGUUUGCUUUUGUUCAGUUCUUUUUGACAGAAUUAGUAAUUACAUGUGUAGGUAUAGAGCUGCUCUGCCUUUCAGAAUUAUUAAAAAGAAUCAAUGCAAUCAUAUCAUAAUGAUGCAUUUAAGUCUUUGAUCAAACAACUGAAUUGAAAACUGUGGAUGCUGUCCCUUUAUGCUUGUUUGGUAAUCUUAAAAAUUACAAGUUCUUGGAGUGUGUCAGGUUGAGUGCAGAAUUAAUAACACCCCAUUUUGCUUUGCAAAGGUAGCUGCUGCAUCAAAGGGAACGGUUUCCUGAAGUUAAAUCUUUACUAUGCAGGAAUUGUUGGUGAGUGCUUGUAGAUAGUAUUGCAAGUGAAAGUUAGUCACUCCCCUUUGCUAUAUUUGUAUUUUUCCAGCACUGUUACUUUGUGAUUUUUUUGUAGCUUCCUCUUGGAUUUGUGCUGCAUAUUGUCUGGCACCUGAUCACUACCUGUGCACUUUGCUCGAGAAUAUCCUGAACUUUGCAAAAUAAGAAAACCGAAGCAGAGGGUAGGGUGACUGCAGGUAAUUACACUGCCUAGUGGGUCAUAAAGGAUGAUUGACAGGGAUUACUUUCGUAAGAGUAUACAGGGGUUUUUAGGGAAGUCCUGCAUAGUACACAAGGUUACAAUGUCUCAAACACAUUUACCAAUAAAAGGCCUUAGAAAGUAUUGACAGUAUUUGAUGCUGGUGCAUCAGGAAACAUUAAAGCAGGAGGGAAACUAUUCUAUGAGGGAACUGACUUCGACACACCUGUAUGCGUGAGAUGCCCUUAUUGUCGCCCCUUCUAUGCAUUUAAAACAAGGAAUGAAACUGCAUUGUUAAACUAAGGCUUUGCUAGCCAGUCCGCUCAUGACUUUUUCUUUGUCGAGUGUUAAGCACAAAGAGUAUCAUCUGUAACACUUUAAUUUACUGUUUAAACUGACAUUGGUGUGCUUACUUGGUCUUGGAAAGAAUAUAUUGUCAUGUUUGGUGUGUAUUUCCAUUGCAAGUUUGGUCUUAAAUUACAUUUAAAGUGGUAUUUGCAAGGUCUUAAAUUUAACUUGAUUAAAUCUGUCGACACCCUGGUA